AUGAAAUUUUCUCUAGCGAUAGCUUCUCUGCUGGCGCUGCCGUUUGUAGCUGCCGCCCCAACUUGCUCUAUCAGAUCGUCGUCUGCUGCUAGUGUCACUACACCUACAUCGACUACUGCUAGUGGUACUACACCUUCGUCAACUGCUACCUCCCCAGCGUCUACUUCCACCCCUGUGAACCCUGGUAAUGGUUCUAUCGCAAUGGCUUGGUUUGCUAACUGGCACACCGACUACACGGUUGCUGACAUUACGUGGAAGGGCUUCAACAGAAUAGCUUACUUCGGAGCUAUCACCUCCGCUGAUGGUACCGUUACAAUGACCGUCGGUGACAGCGAUCCUAGCGGCCCUGUCACCUUCGUCACUGCUGCCAAACAAAACAACGUUUUCCCUGUAUUGACUGUCGGUGGCUGGGAUGGUUCCAUAUAUUUCUCAUCGUCUAUGUCUACCUCAAGCAACCGUACGACUUUUGUCCAGUCGAUCGUCAGCAUGGUGAACAAGUAUGGCUUCCAAGGUGUCGAGUUCGACUGGGAGUACCCUGGUAGCACCAACGGUCUUUCUUGCAACACACAGUCGUCUCAGGAUACUACCAACCUUCUGUCUACGCUUCAGGAGCUGAAGACAGCGUUGCCGAAUAUCACACUCUCUGCUGCUACCCCUGUCAAACCAUGGAACGAUGCUACAGGGAACCCAUCGACUGACCUAUCCAGUUAUGCCCAGGCUUUGGAUUACAUUGAAAUCAUGAACUACGACGUGUACGGCGACACUUUCAGCAAGGUUGUGGGCCCCAACUCUCCUUUAGACGACUCCUGUGCUCCAACUGCUGACCAAGCUGGCUCUGCGACUUCCGCCGUCAAGCUCUGGACUGCUGCAGGGUUCUCUGCUAAACAGAUCGUCCUUGGUGUGCCUAGCUACGGACAUGGCUACUCCAUCAGCCAAUCUGCAGCUGUCCAGAAUAACACGUUGGCCUCAUACCCCAGCUUUAACACCAACAACCCCGUCACCGGUGACACCUGGGAUGCUGCCGGUCCAGACGCUUGCGGUAUUAGCCAACCUGCUUCUGGGGACUUCAACUUCUGGGGACUUGUUGAUGCCGGUUUCCUCAACCAGGACUGCCGCUUCGACAACUGCAGUCAGACGCCCUACGUCUACAACCCCAACACGCAAGUUAUGGUAGCCUACGACAACGCCCAGUCCUUCACCGCAAAGGGCAAAUUCAUUGCACAGUCUGGCCUGGCUGGUUUCGCCCUGUGGGAGAUGGGCGGCGACUACAACAACAUUCUUUUGAACGCCAUCAAUGGCGCUAUCUCUGGCUCGUCAUGA